UUCUGCUAAUUAGUUUAUCCAAUUAUGCUAACCAGUCUCUUGGAUUUGAUUUUCCUUUUCAACCUUUUUUUAUCAAUUUAAUUUUAAAAACCCUAAUUUCAUCAAUUCAUGUACAAUUCGCCCCCUAUCAAUCUUUCAAGUUUAGAAAAUUAUGAUAUAUAUUUUUUCUUUUGCAGAGCCGUGGAUAUGAAAGAAAAGAACACAAGCUCUCCACUUAGGCGCGUUUUAGUUAAUUGUACAGCACAGGCUAAACAAUGUGGGGCCUGUGUUGCAGCUAAAGUUCGGGAAGUUGAACGCGAUAUGUGUUUUAAAGAAUUUCUUGCACUAAAGACUUGCAUGCAGAAUACGCUCCGGGGAAAGGCUUAAUAUUUGGAGCCUUGUAGGAAGUUGUUAGAAAUUUGUAUAAGUGUUAUUAUUCUCCAGCAAUUUGAGUUUUGUGGUUAAAAAACUCA